AUGAUGAACAGGGCUAUCUCUUUGUUCAACAAUGGUGAUAAUGAACACCCUAAGAGGUGCUACUGUGGAUUCACAGUAUCCAUUCAAAAGACAUGGACAAAAGAAAAUCCUGGAAGGAGGUUCAUUGCUUGUCCAGAUUAUGAUGUUGAAACAAACAGAAGGGGUUGCAUCUUUUUUAGAUGGAUUGAUGAACAAGAACCAACAACUUGGCAAACAAUUGUCAUACUAGGGUUAAUGCAAGAUAAACAAAGCCUUGCUGCUGAAGUUGAUAGUUUUAGGACAAAACUUAGUGAAGCUAACAAUUAUGCAAGGAAGAGGGAGGCAGACUAUGUGAUGAGCAAGAUGAGAAGACCUAUUAGUGUGAAAUGUGAAGUGUGGGUUGUAAUCCUAGUGGUUCUGUUUUUUUUUUAUCUGGUUUAUUUUAAGUUAAGUGGGUUAAGUGGGUAG